AUGGGCAGGCCUGUCGCUCGUGGCACCCGACUGCGGCAGGCGGUGCAGGAUAGUGACGAGGGGCGCCGGGCAGCCCGUGCGGAGGGCUCGGUCUGCCGCCGCCCUGCCGCCGGCGCCCUCUGGCGCCCGCGCGGCGCUGGCGCCGCCUUGCCGCUGGGCGGGCGGCCGUGCUCGGGCCGGGCAGGCUGGCCGGGCGAAGGCGGUGCCGCGGGUGGCGACGCGCGCAGCUCGCCCGGCGCGGACGGCAGGUCCAUCGGGGGCCCGCUGGACAUCGCGGCGCGCGCGGCGGUCGUGGGCACGACCUCCUGGGCGCUGCUGUGGGCGACAGCGGACGCUGGUCUCGUUUGGGAUGAUCGCGGUACUGAUUUGCGCCGCCUGCUUUAUGAAUGCCUUCGGAGGGGAUUGGCAUUCCUCUCUGUGCCGCUGCUGCUGGUCAUCGAGCCAUUAGCGAGGUUGUCAGAAUGA